UUCGACAUGGCAAUGUGUGCGCUCAGGUUUUUUAUAGUUUUACUGUUCAAAGUAGUAAUUUUCACGCAACUGACAUUCGUUAACGCUCGAGAAGAAUUUUGCGGCUUAGAGGAAGAGACACCGAAAAAAUGCCUUUUACGUAAAUGGUACUAUGAUGAAAAACUAUGGAACCAUUUUGCUGGAUUUAAUUGUUAUAAUUUCACUGACACGUCGAGGCUCAGAUUUAAAUAUAACUUCACAGCUUACCCUGUUUUAUGUAGAAAUGAGAACACCACUAUACCAAUAGCUGUGUUAGAUGGCGUUCCAAUCACUUUUUUUGAUUUCACAAAUGAUACAGCGAUGUCAUACGUUAGAAAAUCAUUCAGAACAACGGCCUUAUUCAACAAUUUCCUAUCCUGCUGUUAUGAAUCAGUGGAUUGCUGUCAGAAUAAGAUGGAUGAGUACAAUAUCUGGCACAAUGAAACACACUGUCCAGCAAUAUGGGACGCUUGGACAUGUUUUCCUCCUACAAAAGCAAACACGAUUGCAAGACAACCAUGUAGUAGUCAGGCCUAUCAGUCUCCUGAACACGUCUGCCGAUUAGAAAGCCAAAAAGAAUGCAAGUGGAAUCCGACUUACAACUUAUCCAUUUGGGUAGAGAAGACUGAUUACAGUGUAUGCGCUAUAGCUCCAGUGUAUGAGAGAAGGCAUACCUACCACGUUGUAGCUCUUUGUGUCUGCACAGGCUUUUGCUUGCCUGCAAUAGUGAUAUUCUUCCUCUUUGAAAAACUUCGGCGGACAACCCGUGUCAUUCUUCACAGAAACUUAUUAAUCGCUAUCUGCAUAAGAAAUAUUUUAACUACUUUAACUAAAACAAUUAUUAUCUUGGAUGCUCUAAAAUCGGCAUCAGCUAGUAAUGAUGUAAUGGCAAACAAUGGAGUACCAUGUAGAAUUCUGGCAUUCUUCGAGUGCUGUGCGAAGAAUCUAAUUUAUGCUUGCAUGCUGGUGGAUGGAUUCUACUUGCAUAAAAUAAUAGUAAAGUCAUUUACGAAUGAAAUUCAUAUAAAGUAUCUAUAUGCUGCUGUGGCAGUAUUAACUCUGGUGCCCAGUAUGGCAUGGGCUAUCACGAAGGGAGCAUCUCACGGAGACAAUUGCUGGAUGGUAGACACCAAUGGGUACCAAUGGAUCAACGAUGGAUUUCGGAUAGCAGUUUUAGCCGUCAACACAUUCCUGCUGUUAGAUAUAAUAAGAAUCAUGUUACUGAAAAUGAAACAUGGGAACACUACGCGUCAGACAAAGUACAUAUAUCUAUACCAAAUUGGCAAUACCUUUACAGCCCGACAGAAAAAGAUUAUGCUGGCCGCCUUUCGAGCAACUCUGUUUUUAAUUCCCCUAUUUGGAAUUCACAUCUUAUUCACGGCAAAGAAAAUCGUAUAUGACGAUUCUUGUUUAGCGGAAGACGUUUACGAGUUCGCUAGAUAUACCAUGGAAGCAUUACAAGGAGUAUUUGUUGCGAUAUUAUUCUGUUAUGCUAAUGCGGAGGUUCACAAUGAAAUACGAAAUGGUUAUAGGAAGUUCGCCAUUUACUGCAAUCAAAAAUUUGGCUGGAAUUUAAAGACACAAACGCUUUAUAGGCGUAGAACAACUGCUGCCACUUAUGUUCAACCAGAAUAUGAUAAUUAAUACAGUUGUCAAGUUGAUUUUUAUUUAUUAUAUUAAAAAAAUACAUUCUUGUUACUGAUGCUAAUAUAGCCAAUAAGUUAGAAAAUUGCCAACAUAAUUUAUUGUGAAUUCUAAGUAUGAAGAAAUUAUGCAUUCCACUAAAUGCAGUUAGAGUAAAAUAUUUUAAUAUCGUUUGCUUAACACUACAUUUAGCUUUAAUUUUGAUAUUUUAUGUAGAUACUAGAAUUUAAUUUAUAAAAUGUUGAUGUCAAAGAUAUAGGAGAUGAGACUUUGAAAAAUAACUUAAACAUUAUUACCGUUCGUAAUUAAAACGUCUUAAAUGACAUUAUAAUUAUUUUGAAAAAAUUCUUUCGUCCAUCCGUCCGUUUCCGUUGCCUAUGAGUUUGUUUUUUAUAUAAACCUAUAAACAUGGGCGUAGCCAGUAGGGCAGGAGGUACAACCGAACAUUAAUUUAUUAUUUCUUCAGAAUAUCUAAAAAUACUUAACAAAUUAAAUUAUUUUAGCAAUAUAAUUUUCAUUCAUUUUAAUUUAUUAAUUUUUUCUUGUUUACCUCCGCAGUUUAAGUUACAUAAUUAAAAUGGAGUAAAUGGUCCAUGGUGAAAGUGCCUCAAUAAAAUAUUUUAGUCAACCAGUGUACACUCGGGGCUUUAUAAAUUAGCCCGGAUUAAAAAAACGUGGUUAUAACAAAUUUGAUAAAUAUUCUUGAUCUAUUUGUACACAACAUUUGAAUGUACUACCAGUAUAAUAGAACAUCUUGAAAUAGAAGGUUCCAAUAGAAAAAUUGCUAACUUCUCAGUUUCUACGUUUUAAAUAAUACGGCGGACCAAGUAUGUAUGAAAAA